AUGCUCGAAAAUAAUAAGAAUGCAUUAAUGAGUUGUAGUGCAUUUAAAGAGAGUGGUGUGUUGAAGGGAUGGGGAGAAAGGCUUUUAAUAUAUGAUCUGAUAUAAUAGAUACUCAGGUAUAUUGACGUAAAGGGUUAAACAUAAAAGCAGUUGUUGAUUCAAAAUUAUAUUAUCCAUCCAGUUGCAUUUCAUCAAGGGAAGUGGGCAAUAAAGUUCAAAACUCAACAAGAGAUAGAACCCAAAGUGGCUAGAUUUGGUUGGAAUAAUCAAUCUGAGGCGUUAUAAUGGUACGACUUUUUUAACGGGAAAUACUUGGCUAUAUAAAUAAAAAAGGAGAAUUAGGAGAAAAAAUUGCAGGAGUGGGAUUAAUUUAUGCCAGAAUCCGAAAGAGUGAUAAAUCAAGGGGUUCCUUCAAUGGCCAUAAAGCCAAGUUAGGUAUCUCGAAUGAGAUAGAUGAUACCAUUAUUGCCUUAAUUUUUAUAAAAUGACAUUGAAAUAAUCUUAGAGAACACGCAUGAAAAUUUGCAAGGAUUUUCGGAUAUCCAUUCAUUUAAAAUUCUUUUUUAAUCUCAAAACAAAUAACUUUACCAAGAUCCAAAUGAUUAAUUGCAUAUGAGAUUCUUUUUAAAAUCUGAAAUGCCUCCAGCAAGGAUUUUCGAUGAAUUGUCAAUACACACAUUUGUGGACAAUUGGAGUCCCUAAGUAUCGAUCUAUUAAAUAUAUCCAACAAAAAAAGAUUGUGCAAUAAUCUUCACAGAAUUCAAUAUGGAGUAAAAGCAAUUACAUAACAACAAACUCAAAUAAAACAAACCUAGAAGUUUAAAGGAUAUUGAAUCUGAAGUCUUUUAAAACGAUUCGUUUUCCAAAUAACCGAAAUCACACUUGUCUAAUUAAAAUGAAAAAAUCAGAUUGAUUUACACCCAAAAACAUUUUCAAAUAGAUGAAAAUGCAUAUUGUAUUAUGAAAAAAUAUAUUGGCAAUGAGAUACAUCAUAAUCAGAUAGACAAGGACAAAGUUGAAGGCACAGAUGAAUACAAAAUCACUAGGUCCUGUGUGCUCAUCUAGGCUAAAUAAGAAGAUAAGUUUAAGACCUAAAUCAUUGAAGACAUUUAUUUAGAAUGCGAAGACAGAGAUAAAGGAGAAGAAGUUAUGAAAAGGUUUCUCCUCAAUUUAGAAAACAUAGAUAAUCAAAUACUUGAAGCAGAUCAUUAUAUUAAGUAAUAAACAGAACAUGUACUUAUCAAGAAUGAAGACGACAUUGAUAAUUUGUAGAUUUCCUUUAUUCAAUUGGUACCUGAAGUGCCAAGAAUUACUUCGGAAUAGCAUCAGCAAUAAUCUAUUCAAGAAUAUAAAGAAAUUCUAGAUUUGGUUUCUACGGGAUAAUUUAUAUAAAAAUCAAUCUCAAGACAAUUUAAUUAAAAUAUACUUCACGGAUUAGACAAAUUUUUGGAAACAACUAAGGAAGAAGGUCAUUUCUUACUUACUAAAUAUUAUGAGGUAGAUCCUAAAAAAGGAGGGUUGAUAUACACAAAUAAGAAAUUAAUCAGUGAUUAAAGAAGCGUAUUAUUGGAUAUAAUCAAAAGAAUGGGAUCAAAUUUAUUGAGUGGAAAAUCCUUAAUGUCUGUUUCCUUGCCAAUUUAAGUAUUCGAAGCAAGAUCAUUUUUGGAGAGGAUGGCCAGAGGUCAAGGACAUGCUCCUGUUUUUCUUGAAAAAGCUGCUCAAACUACAGAUGUUUUAGAAUAAUUAAAACUCACAGUCUCAUUUCAUUUGGCAAGUUUCAUGAUGGGUGUUCAAUAAGAAAAACCAUUUAACCCAAUCAUUGGAGAAACCUUUGAGGGUCGCAUUAAAGGGUGCCCUAUUUAUCUAGAGUAAACUUCUCAUCAUCCUCCCAUUUCAAAUUAUAUCAUGCAUGGAAGAGGGUAUAAAUUGUUUGGGGCAUUCUGUCCCAUGGUCAAUAUGGGAACUAAUAGUUUGGCUGGUGAAUAAUAAGGCCAUUCAUAAAUACAUUUCUAAAACACUAAUCUCAAAUUCUACUAUAUGGCCUAACCAUUUAUGCUUUAUGGAGUAUUAUUAGGUUAGAGAAGUGUAAAUUGUCAUAAAAGAAGUUAUUGUUUUUAACCUGACCAUUAGUUAUUAGUUGAAAUCACUUUUAACCCUAAAGAUAAAAAUGCUGGGUUUUUUAGUUCCUCAUCAUAAAAGAUCGACUAGUUUAUUGGGAAAAUCUGUAAGGUCACACCAGAAUGCAUUUAAAAAUGUUUAAAAGCUCACAAAACUAAUUCAGGCAUAAAAAUAAAAAUUUAACCUUAAGAAAUUUUAGACACAUAUAACAUUAAUAUUAAAGGCAGAUGGACAUCAUUUUUACAAUUUGACAAUGUUACUUAUUGGGAUAUUGAAAUUCAUAGACCUUACAUUCUCGAGUUGGAAUCAAGUCCCUUACCUUCUGAUUGUAUCUAUAGAUUAGAUUUACUAUAUAUGAAGAUGAAAGAUAAUUCGAAGGGUUAAGAUGUAAAGGAGUAGAUGGAAGUGGAUCAAAGAAAAGAUAAACAACUUAGAGAGAAAUUUGGGAAUAAGAAUAAAAAGAAAAAGAAAUCAAGUUGA